AUGUUGCUGGAACAGUAUUUCGAUCCGGAACCGUUGGAAAUGAUGAAGCUGAGGAAAUUUCGCCAACGGAUGCAGCGAGAAGGUGAAACCGUGACGGAGUACAUAACGUCCCUUCAACGAGAUGCGAAAUAUUGUGGUUUUGGAGACUAUCUGCAAAAUGGAUUGCGAAAUCAGCUUGUGUUUGGCCUACGGAAUCAGCGAAUCCGAACCCGAUUGAUAGAAGAGAAGGGCUUAACCUUUGAGAAGGCCAAGCAGAUCGCGCUUUCCAUGGAGGCGUCUGGGGAAGGAGCAGAAGUGCUGAACCGACGGUUGCAGGAAGUCAGCUUGGUAGAUAAGAGAAAACCAGGAAGGGACGUAGCAACACCCCCAGCCACUAAGGUAACUAACCCUACUAAUAAGUGUAUGUGUUUCCGUUGCGGAAGUGAGGCACACUUGGCUGACAAGUGUGAGCACAAAAAUAAAAUUUGCGGCCUAUGCAAGAAAAAAGGGCACUUAAAACGGGUGUGCCUCAGCUCCAAUGCUAAAUACCGACAGCUCGAUGUAAACAAGAACCGCUCAAAGAAACAUUCAACAAACUUUGUAGAAGACAGUGAUGGGUCAGGAGCGGAAGGCUCAGAUGAAGAUCGAGUUUACGUUCUUGAUGUAUGUAAAGUGGAAAACAGGUUCAAUGAUUUGUCGAAAAUUUUCCUCAAGGUUAAAGUGGGAGGUUCAAUAAUUAAGUUUGAGGUGGACAGUGGAUCACCAGUAUCGUUGAUCAGCAGUACUGACAAAGACAAAUAUUUGAGCAAUCUGUCAUUACAACCGACGGACAUUGAGCUACGAAGUUAUUGUGGAAACAAAAUAGGAGUCCAUGGUGUUAUCGAGACAGAAGUACUGUACGAGGACAAAGCUAAUCAUUUGCGUUUGUUCGUAGUAGAGGGAAGACGACAUCCGUUGCUAGGACGCGAAUGGAUGCGAGCUUUAAGCUUGGACUGGAAUGAUAUUCUGGGGGUUCUGUUAGGCUCUGUUGACAAAAUUACUUUACAUUCUCCUCUUCCGUCAGCAGUCAAAGGGCUGAUAGAAGAGUUUUCCUCCGUUUUUGACGACUCGAUCGGUAAGAUCGAGGGCAUUCAAGCCGCGUUGCAUCUAAAAGCAGAUUCGAAACCAGUGUUUCUGAAAGCCCGCUCACUACCAUUUUCAAUUCGCGAUGCUGUAGAGAAGGAAAUCAAUACGUUGGUUGAAAGUGGUGUUCUGGUGAAAGUUGAUCGAAGUGAGUGGGGUACACCGGUCGUUCCAGUUAUGAAAUCUGGUGGAAAAAUUCGUUUGUGCGGUGACUAUAAGCUCACAGUUAACAAGAGUUUGCUGAUCGAUGAACAUCCGUUACCAACCAUCAAUGAAAUGUUUUCCAACAUGGCAGGAGGACAAAAAUUUACCAAACUGGACUUGUCUCAAGCGUACCUGCAGAUGUCUGUCCAGCCGGAGGACCAACCUAUGCUGACUUUGAACACACACUUGGGUCUGUUUCAACCGACUAGGUUGAUGUAUGGAGUCGCUUCUGCACCUGCAAUCUUUCAAAGAGAGAUAUCUCAGAUCCUACAGGGAAUACCGCAUGUAAUCAAAUCAUAG